AUGGCACAAACCCGCACUAUGGAGUCCCGAACUGGGCGAACAAACCAGCGUUACGGCACCAAUGGCGAGAGACUCGUCGCCGGCGUCGUGCCCAUGUCCCCCGACAAGUCAAAGGUCCUCUUGAUACAAUCCGCGCGGCCCGGAGGUUGGGUUCUCCCCAAGGGUGGAUGGGAGCUGGACGAAGAAUCCGCACAGCAGGCGGCAUGUCGUGAGGCCUGGGAGGAAGCUGGUGUGGUCUGCACCGUCCUCCGCGACCUGGGCGUGAUCAGCGACAUGCGCACGCCUGCCCAGGUUACCGCGAAGGCCCCCAAGGUACAAUACCAGUUCUUCGAGGUCCGUGUGGACCGCGAGGAGGCUCAGUGGCCGGAAAUGCACAAACGCAAGCGGCAAUGGGUCACGUAUGCACAGGCAGCUGCGGCUCUUACAAACCGGCCUGAGCUGCUGGAGGCUCUAAAUCGGAGCUCCAUCAAACGAUAGGUGUUGUGCUCAGUCUGUGCCGUCCAUUCCUUGGUCCUUUAUUCGCCCUAUUCGGCUUGCACCUUUCCAUCCCAUCUUGCGUUGCGUGAUGUAGCCAUUUUGGGGGGUAUGUGUGGGUGCGACCUGCGGAUGGCGUAUCAUGAGAACGUGACCAUAUACAUUGGCUGCCAUUUCUUUCGGCCUCAUUUUUCUUUUCCUACGCGAAAUUACCGCCUUCAAAAAGUUCAUUUACGACAUCAUCUAGCGUUUUUUUGUUUUGCGACCUUCGCCACGGGCAUUUCCCGGUCCCCUUUUCGAGAUGCACACCACAUUGCGAAUCGAAGCUCACAACCCGCCUUGAAAGUCUAGGUGCCAUUCAGCGAUUCAUAUCAUAAUUUGAUUAUCCAUAACCAA